AUGUCGCUUUUCAACGUCUGCAGCUGGUGGAAAGCCCAGUGCUCCGAUCCUGGCGAGGAAUACGAUGUGGCGAGUCUGUUGUGCGCCCGCUUUGGUCUGGAGGCCCAGGAAAAGGACUACAUUAUAGUGGGCUCCCAGACGGGACAGCUGAGCAUCUACUAUCCGCACCGCAGGGGCUACGAUGCCACCGAUUUGCUGUUGGAGUCCCAGAUGGCGGCUCCCAUUAUUGGGUUAUAUGCUGGAAAGUUUAGUGGAAACGUUCGCAACGAGAACGCCAACCAGUUGGGUGUGCUCCUGCCCAACGCCAUCGUUAUUUACAAUGUGGUGGCCAUCGGAGGACUGGCGGAUCAUGGCGCUCAGUUGCGUCUUCAGUUGCAGGCGGAGCAUAAGUUCCAGCGCGUGUCCUUUGGUCUCUGCCAAGGUCACUUCGGUCAGGUGAAGGGCAGGGAGUUCUUCUGCGUGGUGCAUCUGGAUGGCACGUUGACUUUCUUCGAGCAGGAUGGCAUCUCCUACGAGUGCCGAUUCCCUGGACACAGGGCUCUUCCUGCUCCGGUGGCAUAUUGCGAGCGAACCGAUAGCUUCUUUCGGUUCAGCGCCACCUGGGAUCUGCAGUGCUUCAGCUACCAGGAUCUGUCCCACUCUCUGGUCACGAAGAGUAGCUACCAGCCCACCUGGACGCAGUGCGUCGGCGAGGGCAUUGUCGAUAUGCGAGUGGUGCAGGUGAAGGAGAACUGUUCAUAUAUCAUGAUCCUGGGAGAACGCAAUUUUAUCUCACUGGAUGACAAUGGAAAAUUUAACUUUAUGCUGAAACUGGACUAUGCUCCAAAAUGUUUUACCAGCUUUGUGGUGGGCUACUACUGGGAGCCCGGAGCACGUCUUAUAAGCGCCAUCAUUUCGGAAUCCUCUAAGCUACAUAUUUAUGAAGAGGCCAACAUAAUUUGGGCUGCCCAAUGGCCAAACCAAUUACCCGCUCCUGUGGCCAUUCAGCGCUCCAAUGUCCAGAAUUUAGCUGGUGGAAUUGUAACUCUUGGAGCCAAAGGACAAUUGGAGGUGGGUUACCUUGGAGCCGAGCCCUUCCAGUUUCAGGUGCAGCCCCUGAAAGUGGACGAGUUGAGUUUUGCACAGGCUCACAAGGAGUUGCAGCAACUUGAGGACGAGAUCAAGGAGGCGGUGGAUGUGCGGGACAUGGAUGCCCUCAAUCAACAAGCAGCGGAUCAAGUGCGACUGAGUUUCACCAUCGAACCGGAGGCAAGUGAUGAUCUGGAUACCCUGCUUUUAGAUGUUCCUGCAGAUGUGGCUGUGAAGGAGUUGCCCUCGGCCAAGGGUUUACUCCGCUGCAAGAUUAAAGUGGAACUGGCCGAGUUGCAGCUGGUGUUCCAGACUGCCAAUGGAGUUCGAUGCAGCCAGGAUACCUUGAGCUUUGUCGAUGUGCCAGCGGGGACAAGCAAGGAAUUUAAACUGGACUUUUAUAUUGGUGAACUGCUACAUGUUCAUAGCACCAAGGUGGAAGUGGUGGCCUCUUUUUUGACACCCAGGGGGAUUCCAAGGGUCAUCCAGCAGAGCGCCAAUCUCCCUCUCUCUAUGUUUUAUCGCGUUUGUCAGCCCCAAAAAGCAGCAGGAAUCAAGUUAACCUACAGCAUCACCAGUCGGCAUGUGACCCCCAAGUUGGCCACCUUUUUCGGGGAGUUUCUGGAGGAGAAUAGCGACACUCAUGCUCUCGGUCUCCAGCUUCUGUGUCCCGGUCUUGAGAAGCAGAGUGAAAUAAUAACUGUGGUGGCGGCCAAGAACUCGAAUCGCUUUCGCAUACAGUCCGAUUAUGUGGAGACCUUCGCCAUGAUCCUGGAAAGGAUUGUGGAGAGAACGCUCCAGUUGGACAGCUCCGCUGGUCUGAUUAAAAUGGACAAAAAGAAACCAAAGCGAGGAGUACUUAAUCGCUGUGUGGAACGCCUGAUGGCGGCUCCUUUUCUACCCGCGCAACCAAUUCUUCAUAGGAUUGAUGUUCACCAUGAGACACAGCAGAGCAUAAGAAAACAAACGGACCAACUGGAAGAUCUGUGGCAGCAGUUCAAGACCCUUCAGCGCCAAUUGCAGGAGCAGUCGGAGGGUGAGCCCAAGGAGGCCCUCACCAUGCAAAUAGAGUCCAACUACGACCAAUUAAUCCUGGAGGGCGAUAAACUGGUGGAGAUACGGCGGGACGAAAGGAAACAGCGCUGCGACCUAAACUGCGCCGUGGCAUUAGCCAAAUGGAUUAUUCAUGCCUUGAACCUGGAGGAACGCGUAGUCAACGUUGUCAACUCAGUGCUAAGCGUUCCCAUCGAGGACUGGACGGAAUUGAGUUGGGAGGAAUCGAUGGCGCCCGGCAUUGAUAUGCUGCAUCAUUUUGGGCCACUUACUCGCUCGAAGUCCACAUCCACACACGGAUUACUGGAUGCCACUUCUGGAUCCAGGGACAGCUUUGACUACAGCCGAUUUAGACGACAUUUCGCCACUCUUUUCGAUAGGAUUGUAAGACUGGCCUCCUCACCGGUGGCAGUUUGUCCCGAAAAACCCACUGAAGAAGCCGCGAAGAUGGAGAAUCAACCGGCAAACCAGCAGGUGGAUGAAAUCGGGAACAUGCAACGAAUGCUGGGCGAUAAGGGUUUACCACUGGGUCCACCGAAACGAAAGCCCAAUAUGAGCAGCUCCUUGGAGGCAGUGGAGGAUGAUGAGGAGUACGACGAGGAGGAUCUCCGCCAGGAUGUGGGCUACCGCAAGGAGUACGGAGCAACCGACGAGAAGAACCCCACCAACAAAAAGAGAUCCGAGUGGGUCAACGAGGACUUUGAGUUGCCCACCACCGAGGAGCUGUUCAGCGAUCUGGGCAUCUGGUGGUAGAGGAAAAAGGGGAUUGGGUGAGGGGCGGCUUUCCUGGUCCAAUAAACGUGCAAACUGUCAAAACAGA